ACCGGAAUCGGCUGUGCCAACAUUUUCAGAGCAGGCACACGGUGAUUCAUCUUUAUGUUUUGUGAGUUUAGAACCACAUGUGUAAGUGUCCAUGUCGUGAAGUGCAGAAAGAAAAACUCCACCUUAUAAAUAUCGAAUCCCUGGCGAUUGUGUUUUCAUCUACUUAUCUAAAAAUACAUUGCUUAUUGAGUCCAUCUGCUCCAAGAACUUCUACAUCACCAAAAUGGUAAGCGCCAAAGUUUCCUUCCCCUCGCGGUUAAGCGAUGCCGGAGCUGCGACGCCUUCCCAGCAUGAGAAAACAAAUCUCCUCGAUCUCCUCGAGGUGGUGGAGCAGAUAAAAACACGUGAUGAAAAUAACGACCCAAACACGACAUCAGCAGAAACAACGCAUUCAACCACCAACCCACUCGAGCCUGAAACCACGGCAGCUGUGCGAAAGUUGUUCGGACCAUCCACGGCGCUGGAAGUAGGCCAUGACGAGCAAGAGCAAACAGAUAGAUCCCCGACAUCAACCCAAGAACGUCUUUACCAAAACGGAUCCGCCACAUCCUCCUACGACUUUCUCCCGAACGAUUUUCACCUGCACACCUUCAGCGUGCGGCAAAUGCGCGUGACGGAUCUGGAGCGGCUCGUGCAAAUCAACCUGGACCAGUGGACCGAGACUUUCGGCACGGGCUUCUACCUGAAAUACCUUCUCACCUGGCCAGAGUGCUGUCUGGUUGCGGAAACCGCGGACGGGAUUUUGUGCGGCUAUCUGAUCGGGAAAGUCGAGGGGGAGAACGAACUCUGGCACAGCCACGUGUCCGCCGUCACGGUCGCAAGGGAAUUUAGGAAACACGGGGUCGCGAAGAAGCUCAUGGCCUGCUUUGAGGAGCUGAGUGAGAACGUGAAUUUCAACUGCUACUUCGCGGAUUUAUUCGUUCGGGGCUCGAACAUCGCCGCGGUCCGGUUCUACGAAAAGCUGGGGUACGUGAUUUUUCGCACGGUACUGGGGUACUAUUCCGGGGAGGAAGAUGCGUAUGACAUGCGAAAGCCCUUGCAGAGAGAUCGGGAACGGAAAAGUGUGAAGGACGCAGGGAAAAAGGUGUUGCCGGAGGAAUUGGAGUGGAAUUAAAGAGUAGAAACGAACAAGAAGGAGCUUCUCGAUGUGCAUCCUCUUUCGCCGGUUCUGUGGUUGGGACUUGAACAUCAAAUGCUGACAAAUCCGAAUAUUUUGCGCCAGCACCUCAUGGUGCGUUUCACUCCCAAGUCUUCGAGCAAGAAGAUGAAAUCUAGCGACAAUAAAAAAAGCGAAAGUGACAUAGGACGAUAAAUGAACCGCAUUGGUGCCAGCAUGGCCACGCACGUGCAGCUGCUGUGACUGAUCUUCAGC